AUGGCUGAAGGAGUGAGCCCCAUUGUGGUAGAUUCCGAAGAACCCAAUUCGAUAACUCUACGAGCAGACAUGCACAACGACAAGGUCUUUAAACCCAGCGAAGUCAUUGGUCACCAUCACGGCCUGCACUUUAUGCUAACUGUCUGGGGACUUUCCCGAGGGAUGAAGAAUGGAGAACCCAUUCAGUAUGGUACCCUCACCGAAUUCUCUUCAGCCACUAUGCCUUGUCAAAACCGUUUUAAUCAUUUUUGUCAUUAA